UGGAGACCAAUCGGAUGCGCCGGGCAGGAAGCGGCCGCGGCGCUCGACCGGGAGCCGGAGGCCGGGGCUGGGCCGGGGGCAGCGGCGGGGCCGAUUCAUCUUGAAGGAACAUAACCCUGCUCCUUCAGUGAGUGGCUGGAAGCUGUGCUCAUCUACCCCCCUUCGUGCCUGUGGUGGCCACCCUGAGCCAGGGCAGGGGAAGGGAGGCAGGACUGGUUUGUGCUUCCCUGAACUUGCCCAAGGGACCAGGAUGGAUGGCAGCGAGCGGUACCAAAAGUUGGUUCCAGCAGGGUCCAAGACUCUUCUUUAAAGAGAACUUCCAGCAUCAAGAAAGCUGAAAAGUAAAGAAAAAACCCCAAAAUGGAAGGAGGAAACAGCCCCAGUGUGCAGCUCCAGCAGCUCCCGUUGGCCACAGCAGCAGUUUCUGUGCAGCCACACACAGACUCCUUCUCCUACAAGGAGAACUUGAUUGGGGCACUUCUGGCUAUUUUUGGGCACCUUGUCAGCAGCAUUGCCCUCAACCUCCAGAAAUACAGCCACAUCAGGCUGGCAGGCUCCAAAGACCCCCGGGCCUACUUCAGGACCAAGACCUGGUGGAGUGGAUUCUUGCUGCUGCUGCUGGGGGAGCUGGGAGUGUUCUCCUCCUAUGCCUUUGCUCCUCUCUCUCUGAUUGUGCCCCUCAGUGCAGUGUCUGUUGUGGCUAGUGCAAUCAUAGGAAUUAUAUUUAUUAAAGAAAAAUGGAAGCCCAAGGAAUUUUUGAGGCGGUACCUGCUGUCCUUCGUGGGCUGUGGCCUGGCAGUUGUUGGCACUUACCUGCUGGUGACAUUUGGACCCAACAGCCACGAGAAGAUGACAGCAGAAAACAUCACCAGGCACUUAGUGAGCUGGCCAUUCCUGCUCUACAUGCUUGUGGAGAUCAUUGUUUUCUGUCUGCUCCUGUAUUUUUACAAGGAGAGAAAUGCAAACUACAUUGUCAUUAUUCUCCUGCUGGUGGCUUUGCUGGGUUCCAUGACGGUGGUGACAGUGAAGGCUGUGGCUGGCAUGAUCCUGGUGUCCAUCCAGGGCACCCUGCAGCUGGACUCCCCCAUCUUCUACAUCAUGUUGGUGUGCAUGAUUGCCACAGCCAUCUACCAGGCCACGUUUUUAGCUCAAGCCUCCCAGCUCUAUGACUCAGCUCAGAUCUCCAGCAUUGGCUACAUCCUAUCCACCACAGCAGCAAUCUCAGCAGGAGCAACUUUUUACCUGGACUUCAUGGGUGAAGAUGUUCUCCACAUUUGUAUGUUUGCACUGGGGUGUCUCAUAGCAUUCCUGGGAGUCUUCCUGAUCACCAGGAACAGGAAGAAGCCUGUCCCCUUCGAGCCCUACAUCUCAAUGGAUGCCAUGCCAGGCAUGCAGAACAUGCACGACAAAGGGAUUGCAGUGCAGCCUGACCUCAAAGCCUCUUUCUCCUACGGCGCCCUGGAGAACAACGACAGCAUGCCAGAAAUCUACACUCCAGCCACGCUGCCCAUCGUGCAGGAGCAGCACGGAUCCAAGGCAGGCUCUGCCCCUCCCUACAGGGUGCUGGAGCACAGCAAGAAGGAGUGAGCGACCUUCAAGGACUGAUGGGAGUCGUCAGGAGUUUGACCUUUAUUUAUUUACCUGUUCAAAUAGAAGCAAGUGUAAAGCCGACCUUGAGAAGAGUUUUAAGCUCGUCUCGAGCUGAACUUUCCAGGCUGAUUAUUAAAAUAAACAACUUUUUCUAGUUGGGAAGUUGAAAGCACUUGGUGGGAAGCAAAUCCCAGUCCUGCAUGGAAUUCUGCUGGCUGGGAGUGUGGAAUGAUGGACUGGUGAGUGCAGCACUGUGGAACUGAUGAGAGAGGAGAUGCUGUGGAAGUGACUGUGCAGUUUUCAGCCCUGCUGGGGGUGGUUUUAUCUCCAGACAAGUUUUCAGGAGCUGCUCACAGAGAGAGGAGGACAGGAUUUAAUCUUUCAUUUACAGGGACUGUGACAGAUUUCCAGGAAGGCUCUAAAUCCUGGUGUGACCAUGGAGCUCCCCUGACAUGGCAAUAAAUGGAAUUGUUUUGAAGCACCAA